UAGAUGACGCUCGUGUCGGUCGUUGGUUGUCAUUUGAACUAUUAUUUUGUGUUGUCAAAUCUAAAAACUGUAAUUUCUAUUACUCAUUCCCGGGCAAAAAAGGCCAAAGAAAAUUCCGUACUUAGUGUAAAUUUUAUCGUGGGUGAGUGCUGUAGCAAGUAAGUGAGUUUGUGCGUCCGGUGGACAGAGAUUAACUGGAAUAAUUAUGUUUUAUUCGCGCCUAACAAUAACGGGGAACCGGCAGCCAUGUUGUAAUAGUCUUGUCAAGCAUCAUGGGUUAAAACUGUGAGGUUCCGGAGAGCAUUAUCGUGAAAAAAAUCAAUCCGGAAUUAUGCAGGACAGUGCAUUUUAUCUAUAAACGGUGCAUCUUUAAGCGGUAGUGAUAGUGAAGCGGAUAGCGCCCGCGAAAGCGAUGGUUCUGCGCAUUAUUACGGUCAGAGUGAGUGCAACGUCGUGCUAGCUAGCGCAGGGAGUCGUCUACUGCCUGGCCAACGACUGCGAGGUUCCAGCAUCCCCAAUUGCGGGAGGUGAACUAAACGGACGUCGGGACCGUUGUUUUAGCGUCCUGGGGUCGCGUCCGCUGCCGGUCAUGACGUUCGGUACUCUGUGACACGUGCAGUGCCGUCAACGGGGGUUCUACUAUGGCCAAGAUUCUCGGGAAGGAUCAGGCCACGUACGCGAAGGAACGCGAUGGUUUCCUUCGGGACCUGCAGCACUUCCAUGAGACCCGAGGGACGCCGUUCAAGAGGGCCCCUACUCUCGGCAGCCGGGAGGUCGACCUGUAUCUUUUGUAUUCUCUCGUUACUUCCCUAGGGGGAUGGAUAAAGGUCAAUUCGAGGAACGCUUGGAAGGACCUUCUCCCGUCCCUGAAGAUACCGGCGACUUGCGUGAAUGGCAGUGUGGCCCUCAAGCAGAUAUAUUUGAGGUACCUGGACCGGUGGGAGAAGGUGCACUACCUCCACGAGGAGGCCGACCGCGGCAGCGACGACGACGAGGAGAGCAGGCACAAGCGCUGGUCCGCUAGGGCCCUGCACUCGGUGCCCUACACCUACAACUACAACCAGCACAAUAUCGUCGAAACCAACAGGGAAUACAAUCACUUAUCAACCGACUUAUACAAGCCUUCUGACUACGACCGCCUAGCGCUGUCGUUGAUAUCACCAUUACCAAAUGAACAAGACUUCGCCAUCAACGUGUGCACGCUCCUUUCGAACGACGGGAAGCACACCUUGAAGCUAGAAAAGCACCCUAGGAUAAUCAACUAUCUGUUGGGUCACGCCGGUAUUUUUGAUCACAGCUCUCUGAGACAACUGUUUGUGCACUUUUACAAUGACAUAAGGAAGAAACCGAUCCACAACUUCUGGAAGGACGUACUCGAAUCGCAGGAAUACUUGGAUCUCACGAACGAAAAUAAAUUUGUCAGGGUCAAGGUGGAGCCGUCGAAGAGCGAACCGGUCAAAGAUGAGAUCACCUCGAGUACGAUACUAUCGCUGCAGGACAUACCCAUGGAGGUGGACAACGACCGUUUAAAAAUUCCGUUCGAGAGUGCGCCCGAAAUUCCUGACGUUGAGUGCGCGUGCGAGGACGUGACCGAGACUGUACCCAAAGACGUAGAUUGUGAUAGUUUUAAAUUGAACAUUCAGCCGGACGACAGUGAAGUAUUCUGUUUGAGGCGUACGCUAGGAACUCAAGACUAUGUAGGCCAACGAGUAUUACAGAUAGCCACUAUUUUAAGGAACCUCAGUUUUAUAGAGGAGAACGUACCGGUCCUAGUAAAAAACACGUCUUUCAUAAGGUUCCUGUUGUUGUGUACCACGUCGCAAUGGAACGUCCUGAGGAACCUCGGGAUGGACAUGCUCGGCAACAUCGCCACGGAGUUUAUCGUUAGAGACCUGCAGAGCGACCUGUUAGUCUCGAACCUGCUGAAAAUCGUCACCAGGGGUCUACAGAGCCAGGACAGGGCGUCCUGCAUCUCGUCCUUAGAAGUAUUAAAUAAAUUAAGCCAAAACGAGCAGAACGAGGACAUCCUGCUCCGUUCAUUAGAGUCCCACGUGUACAGAAGUGUGUGUUCGUUCCUCACGAUACACGACGUCAUGCUAUUAAUUUAUACCUUGGAAUGUUUGUAUUCGCUAUCGUCCCUCGGCGAGAGGUCCUGUAGCCUGAUCGUGAACAACCACGGCGUCAUCGACACGCUCGUCUCCCUCGUCACGGUGGAGGGUAAGAGCUACGGCCCGAAGGCCUGCAUCGGGAUGAAGCUGGUGGAAACACUGCCCAGCGGCGGCACCCAGACCCAGAGCCAGGCCCAGACGCAGCAGUCUACCACCGUCGCGACCACCUCCACCGCCGUCACCACCGCCACCACAACCACCACGUCGUUGAGCACGCCGGUCAUCACCAGCACGCCCGUCCCCAAGGUGAUGACGCCCAGCACCCCCGUCAGGCCAGUACAAAUUGCCCCGCAAAGACUAAUCACCCUCACGCCCACUUCAACGACAACACCUGCAACAAUAACCAUUAGUCAAACGACAACCCCAUCGAUGACCCCUCAGCAGCUGAUCCAGCAGCAGCACGCCCAUCAGCAGGCUAUCCACGAGAACGAACAGUUUGCUCUGGCUUGGCUGCGGGCCACGUACGAGCCCUGUUCUGACGGGAAGGUAGACCACCAGGAGCUCUACAAGCAUUAUAUGAGUUCCUGCUCGAAGAUAGGGAGGCGGGGGGUCAUUUCGCCGUUACACUUUCCCAGAUGUGUCAGGUCGGUGUUUGGCGGGACGGUGGGCCCGAACCCGAUGAAGCCGGCCAACCCGACGGACCGCCAGUACUACGAAGGCAUAAAGGUGCGAGCCCAACCCCUCAUAAUAAGUAUCCAAUCAUCCUCUAAUCCCAAAACCAACACCACGCCACCCACCAAAGGUCAACAAGUGCGCCGCAAAUCAAACCAAUCGUUAGUUGUCUCCCCGGUCAAGUCGCCGGCCCUGACCGUCGUGGCGGACAAUAACGCCGCCACCGACAGCACGCCAAUCUCUCCCGCCUCACCAAUCCUCAAGGCGCAGCUCAGUGCUCCCCCUAAGCAGAGCAGGGAGACCGUUGUCACACCUAUCAGUAGUAAAGGCGAUACGAAAAGUCAGGUGAUGGCGCACCCGCACCUGAGCCAGGCCCUCUUGGGGAGCACGGGCACGACGUCCACGACGACCGUCACGAUGUCGGCGGGCCCCAGCAAGGAAAGCCAGGCAAGUCAGGGUAGUAGCUCCUCGCUCAUCAAAAGCCUUCUGGCGACUAAGGUAAACGAUUGCAUGUCAACAGUGAGCAUGAGGACUGCAACAGACUGCCAAAAUGUAGCUCAGGUGGCUGCGAGGCAGCAGCAACAACGACUCUUGGCCCAGCAGGGCAACGGCACUCCCGACAACCACCAAAAGACAGCCAUCAAGUCGGAAACUCCCAAGAUAUCCAGAAUCAACGGGGCCAGGCAGCUAUUCACCGACGGCGAAAUCGGAGAUCCCUCCAUUUCGUCGACCACCCAAUUCGCCAGCUCGAUGAAGGGGAAAAAGGAACCACCCCAACCUCCCCCUCCCCCUUUAGCCCCCCUGAGCAACAAUGUCAAGGGGAAGUCGCAGCGGAUCGAUAACGAAGACAGCGAUUCCAUCGGCAACAAUUCCCUGGCGUCCAGCUCGGGGUUGGGUACCGUGGGUAUCGGCGGGAUAUCUUCGACGGAGGAGGGCGACAACUCUCUUACUAGCUUCGAAGGACUGUUGAACGGGAUCCCGAACAUGGAGAAUCCCCUUAACGAAGAUAGCAAUUCCAAAGAUUCUGUAAAAAUCGUUAGUAGUGAGAUACCUAUGAAUAAGCCGCUUAGGUUAGCCGAUCUUUUAGAGAAAAAAUUCGAAAAGAGCCCGCCCAUGCUGAACGGGGUGCUGGGGAAAGACUUAAGACUGGGAGAGAAAACGUUGGACCUGGUGGAGAACCACAUCGAGAAGGCGCUGCUAAGUAGGGACAACGACCCCGAUAAAUACGAGGAGGUGGAAAUCAAGACGGAAAUCAAGCAAGAAAUUGAAAUAGAAGAAACCUCGGAGAAGAUGUGUUUGAGCCUGAAGCGGCCCGCCACGGAAGAGAUAGUCGAAAGCGAACCUAAGAAGUUGAUGCUGACGGCGAACAAUAUAAACGGUUCCUCGAUGGCGGACUCCCCCGCUCCCGAAUCAGUUUCUAGUAGUUCAAACGGCGACGAGGCACCCGCCACAGUAUCCACGGCCGCAGCUAAAUUGUUCGCCGAUAUGGCGGCGGACAUUCUGGAGGAUGAAGACGAGGAACAACUGAUGCAGGAGGUGCAAGCCCCCACGCAGAUCAUAGAGUCACCCGUUCCCAUUUCGGCGCAGCCGCCCUUGCAGCAGAUCAUCGUGGAUAACAACCAGCAGGUGCUUUUGGCUCAACCCAGGCAGAUUAUAGUGUCCCAGCCGCAGAUGCAACAGUCCAACCAGAUGGUCAUUUCUGCAGGCACUCAACUGAAAACCCAGACGGGCCAAACGGUCAUCGUCCAGAACACCGGCGGCCACCAGAGGCCGGUGAUGCUGCAGCAGGCCAACACCAGCCAGUUCCUGCUCUCGCAGGGCCUCCAGGGCCAGAUGCAGAUAGUGGCCAGCUCGCAGGCGGGCCAGUACGUGUUGCAGACGAGCGGCGCCCCAGGUACUUACAUGGUGGCCCAGCCGCAGACGGCGGUUGUGCACGGGCAGCCUCAGACGGUCCUCGUAGCCCAGACGUCCCAGCAGCAGGGGACGGGCACCAAAACUAUAAUCAUCCUGCAGCAGCAGCCGGCGAACAGCUCGGCCACCCACCACCAGAAGGUCGUCGUCGCCCCUCAGGGGCAGCAGGUGGUCGUCACUCAGGUGCCGCGGCCCAUAAUGCACACCUCGUCCGUGACUAACAACGUCCUGACCGCCCCCAAGGUGAUCAAGUCGGUGGCGGGUACUAGCGUCGCCCAGACCACCACGAGUACAACCUCCAACGGCGUGACUGAGAAGAAGCCCGAGGAGCCCAAGAAGCCUAAAAUUAUUAGGGACUUGACUACGCCCUAUGUGUGCGAAUGGGGCGAAUGUAACAUAGAGACUAAGUUCAAAUCCGCGAACGAGGUGUACCUCCACGUGUGCGCCUCCCACUGUCCGACGGGCAGCGAGGAGAUAACCUGCCAGUGGGACAGGUGCGACAACAUGAAGAGGAAACGUUUCUCCCUCAUGACGCACCUGCACGACAAACACUGCAACACCGAGGCCAUGAAACAGGGUUUGAUCAGGCGGAAGCAGGCGGCGCAGAGCGCCAAGAUCGAGCCGCCGCAGUCGCCCCCUUCCAAUCCCCAUCCGGGGUACGCCCCCGACGCCGCCCUGCACGCCAUCAAGCGGCACGCCCUGGAGUUCGUCAACCCCAAGGAGCUGCAGCUGAAACCCCCGAAACCGGGCACUACCGGUGCGUCGACAGCUGCGCCCCGUGUUGGACCCCCACCUCCGACUGAUCAGGAUGACAAUGAGGGUCCCGUUACGAAAAGUAUUCGUUUGACAGCGUCUCUAAUACUGAGGAAUCUCGUAAUCUACAGUAGUCAUUGCAAAAGGUACUUAAAAUCGUACGAGUCCCACCUAGCGAACGUGGCCCUGAGCAACGUGGAAUCCUCUAGGACGAUAGCGCAAGUGCUGUACGACAUGAACGACGGUUCGACACACAGGUGACCUGUACGCAAAAGUGACUAGUGGCAGGGGGACGCCCGGUGAGCGGUGACGUGCGCGAAUAACAGAAACCGUGUAAAUUAUUCAGUGGAAGUGUACAAAAAAUGUUAGUUUGGUAGGUUUAAUUAAGAGCCUAAUUGUUAUUUUUAUAUAAUUUACUAGUGUAAACGAGCUUCUGAAAAUUUUGUUUGAAAACCUGUCUUCAUCGUGAAUAAACAUAAAACAGUUUUAUAAUUGUGCAAUUUAUUUUAUUUUUCGGCUAUAAUGAAUUUUAGCUGUGUUUGUAUAUAAUUCCAACUUGUAUCGUGGAUGGUCUGUUCAUGUCCAUUGUACAUGUGAUAUAUAGAGAGCACACAUCAUUUAUUUAACAUUAUCAGUAUUAUCUGAAGAUGUAACGAUGCUUUUGUUUCUUCAGUGAGGUACCGAAUCUCUAUAGCUGACUGAUUUUUGUGUGUACGUAUGUGAAAAUGAGUACUUCCUACUAAUUUUCAUAUGCCUAUCAUAUCCAUCUUUUCAUACUUACCAGUAAACCUGUAAAAUAUUUACAUUAUUAUUAUUAUUAUUAUGGAAGAAAAUAAACUGCAUUUAAUGUG